AUGACGAGAGAGGAGCCUGAAACCAGAGGAGAAGAUAUGAUGAUCGAUGCACCAAAAUUCACAAACCCAAAACCUAGAAUCGAAAAUCCAGACGAAUUCAAUGUCCAUUACCUCCGAAUUUACUAUGGAAAGCUCUUUCCUUACACUGAUAUCCACAAAUGGCUUUCGUACGGACACGAUGGGAAACAUCCUGGUUGCGAUGAAUUCUACUUUGGUAGAAGAGAGUUCUCGUUUACACUUGAGAACGAUGUUUAUUUGCGCUAUAAGUCCUUCAAGAAUGCUUCUGCUAUGGAAGACGCUAUCAAAGUGAAUUUCCCAUACAAGAUUGAUAUUGGCGCUGUGUAUAGCGUUGAUCCAGAUAAGAGACAUGCUUAUGCACAAAGUGGUACCAAUGUGUUUACUCCAGUGGAGAGGGAGUUGGUCUUUGAUAUUGAUAUAACAGAUUAUGACGAUGUCAGAUACUGUUGCUCAGGAGCUGAUGUUUGCUCCAAAUGUUGGCCUUUAAUGACAGUUGCUAUCAAAGUCAUUGAUACUUCCUUAAGAGAGGAUUUUGGUUUCAAACACAUCCUCUGGGUCUUCAGUGGACGUCGCGGAGUUCACUGUUGGGUUUGUGAUGUUAAAGCUCGAAGGUUGACUAAUGAACAAAGAUCAGCAGUUGCUGAAUACUUCCGUGUUUAUAAGGGAAAUGAAAACAAUGCAAGAAAAGUUGCUCUUAUGGGUCAUUCUCUUCAUCCGUUCCUUGCGAGGUCGUAUGUGGAUUUUCUAAAGGAUUUUUUUGAGGGCGAGCUACAAGCAAAUCAAAGUAUAUUCUCAAGCAAAGAAAAGUAUGAGAAGAUACUUGAGAUGAUUUCAGAUGAAGAUAUUCAGUUAGAGCUCAGAGAAAAGUGGGAGAAUGCUGCUAGAUCAUCCCUAUCAGAAGAAGCCACUAGCCUUGCAAGGUGGGAGCAGCUUAAAAACACGCUCUACUCCAAGAAACAGAAGGCUCCAUCACUGCGGAUGUGCGUAGAAGAAAUUGUCUUCACCUUUACGUAUCCUCGAAUUGAUUUGGAGGUCUCAAAACAAAUGAACCAUCUGCUUAAGGCACCCUUCUGUGUCCAUCCAAAAACAGGUCGUGUCUGUGUUCCGAUUGACCCAAAUAACUGCGACGAGUUUGAUCCACUCGCAGUUCCAACACUUUCACAGCUAAUAGAAGAAAUCAACUCAGGAGGCUCCAAAAUGGAUGUGGAUGAUGAUGAUGUGCCAGAUUCAGACACAAGUUUGCUUGGGAAAUCAAUCAAGUUCUUCAGAUCCUCAUUCUUAGAACCUUUACUCAAAUCAUGCAAGGAAGAAAUAGAGAGUUCAUACAAAAGCAAAAUUGGCAAGUCUAAAGAUUCAUUCAGCUGGUAA